AUGUCGAAAUACGUUAAUUUGGCGAAAGUCACAAGCAAUUAUGCAACGAGAAUGAAUCGUCUGAGCAAUCGUAUUUUCGGUGAAGUAGCUAGACCAACAAAUUCGAAAUCUAUGAAAGUCGUCAAAUUGUUCAGUGAAGAGCCUAUCAAUAAACGUAAGAACAUCGUUGACUAUUAUCCACGGCAUCCCGAGAUUGGAUGGUUAAUGAGAAAUUUACGUUUUUACGGUCUUUUCCGAGACGAACAUCAAGAUUGGAAAGAUGAGUUUGAAAGGUUAAGAGUUUUACGUGGCAAGCCAAAAAUAAAGAAGGGCGAUCAACUGAUUGGGAAAAAGAAAAAAAUGGCAGCUAGUGGUCAGAUUUAA